UCAGAGGGAAUUUGCAUUCAGACAGACUCAUUCAGCUCCAGAAAGGUAGGGCUGUGGCGGAAGACUCCCGCAGGUGGAUAUUUCAUAGUGUGUUCAAGUCUUUGUUAUGUUAGAUUUGGGAGUAUUCUGUGUGGAAAGGUUAUAGCUUUACAGCCCGAGCUGAGAUGACUGCUGUCAAUGAUUUGGUUGUUGCCUGUGAACACACGCUAGGAAUGGCGUAGUGUCAUCUACACUACAGAUUUCCUUUCCCAUGACACUGGGUGGAUAAUAAUCCCUCCUGCGGCCAGUACAGUCUAGUGUCACAAACCAUAAUGGAAUCCUUUCCAGUGCCCUGUGGCCACAGAAGCCUGCCGGUGGAAAUGGACGAGUCCAUGACCUCGUCCUCGCUGAACCUGGCCUGGUCAGCCUGCCAGCAGUGCCUGACGCCCGGGCAGCCUUCACACGCUCCGCAGAUUCCCGACGAGUGGUCGCCGCCCCCCGUGACGAUCAACGAGUGCGGAGUGGAUUACCCAGACGAGAACUGGGGAGAGCCGUCGUCCAGGGAAACGCAGUCGCCCAUCCCGCGUCACGAACUCUCCAUGGACCUCUCGUCGGCCCCAGGGGUCCCCGACAUCAUCUCCUGGAUGGACAAGGUGCCCCAAAAAGACUCCCCAGUGCGGAGUUACUACAGACCUCCUAAGGAUCCCCCCAGCCUGGACCCUGGCAGCCUGGAGCCUCCCCAGUCUCUGCACUCCGACCCCGACCCCCUGUGCUUGAGGCCCAUGCGCUGUGCCCUGCCCUGCUGCAGUAACCCCAUCCCACCUCCACGUCAUCCUGUGUAUGCUGGGAACCGCUUCACCCGGCCCUGCCCAUGCCUGCACCCAGUCGAUCCAGCUCGGCAGCACUUCUGCCCCAACACAGAGCCUGUGCAAGACCCACUCCAGCAGCCUAAGCUCAAUAAAAACACUACCCCUGUCAGAGAAGUCAUGACGGAGCUGUGCCCCACACCCUCACUGCCUCCUGCCCCAGGUCACAUUCCAGCACAGGAAAUGAAAAAGACCAUCAGUCUACCUGAUAACUGCCGAAACCUUUUCAUAACAUACUCUAUAGACACAGCUGAUGAAAUUCCCCCAUUCGUGACUUUCUUGAGGACACAGGGCUUUCGUCCAGCUAUUGAUAUAUUUGACGAACCUGUAAGAAGACUGGAUAUAAAUAAGUGGAUGGAUAGUUAUUUAAAAGAUAAAUCAGUGUUGAUUAUCAUGGUCAUCAGCCCCAAGUACAAAAUUGAUAUUGAAGGUGAUGGCUCAGAUGAACAUGGACUGCACACCAAGUACAUCCAUAGUCAGCUACAGAAUGAGUUCAUUCAGCAGCGCUGCCUGAAUUUCCGACUUGUUCCAGUAUUGUUCUCACGUGCAACUCGGGACCAUAUUCCCAUCUGGCUGCAGAGCACACGCAUCUACCGAUGGCCCCAGGACAUGCAGGAUCUGCUGCUCCGCCUGCUCCGAGAGGAACGCUACGUGGCCCCGCCCAUGGGGAAGGAGCUCACCCUCACCAUCAGACCCAUCUGACUCUCAUUUUGGAACCCCACUGACAAGAUCAGCCUAAUGCCAGUGAGGCCACUCAUUGAUCCACGCCACUGGGCCACACGGCCCUGGGCCAUUGUGGAAGUCUCAGGAUAAGGUCUCACUAUUUAUCACCAAAGAUCAAAGACUCUGUAAAAUCAUACUCUAUGGGUUCUAAUUCCUCAUAAUGACAAUUCAUGAUAAAGUCUGUACAACACAAAGGGAAAAGAGGGGACAUAAUCAAUGUCAACAUUUAGCCACUAGAUGGCAAUGUUGACUACAUAUUACUGUACUCAUGAGUGGGCUGCUUUGCUAUGUCCUGUAUGUGUGUGCUUUGCACAUGUGCAGGUGCCUUGCUGCUAGAUGAAAAUGCUUACUAAAUGUCUCAUUUUCUGAAAAAUAGCCCAUUGAGUUGACCAUUUUUGUGGCCUUGUUGAACACUGUCUUGUGGAUGCAAUAUCACGUAGGCUUCAUUUGCGUUUACUUAGCAGUUAUAUUUUUCUCACACCAGAACAUGAUCAAGAAAAAACGAAGCUCAAUUGACAUCUUUGGAACAGGAAAAACCUGCCAGAGUCCAUAUCCCUUUGCCAAACAUAUAUUCCCCUUUAGGCUACUCACUGUCACUGGACAGCAUAGCCUAAACAGCAGGCCCAAGUUUGACCAUUUGUAGGCAAAUCAUUCAUGGUGAAGGAACCCAAAUGUACAGAAAUCUUUGUCUGAGAGUAAUGUUUUACAAUGCUGAAAAUGUCAGGUGCACCAUAGGCCUACUGGAUGUAUAUCACACUCACAGCAUCUCUCUGAUGGUUUGUUCCAAUUCUGCAUGAAGCUUCCUGUCUUAGUAAAUCAUCAGGUUUUGUUCUCUCACUAUAUGGGUUCCAUAUAGUUCCACAAACGUUAUCAGUGCUCCGGAGGCUGGUAAGUAAACACUGAGAAACCACCGAGGAGAAGAGGAGGAGUCCUCUCAAAUCUACUUGGUCAGGCGAAUGGAUACUGUCAGCUUAUCAGCUUGGAGUGAUUGAUACACCUAUGAAAACGGGGCUGCAACCCCUGAUAAGAAACGCAUGUUGUCAAAAGUUCAGCUCCAUUGAAAAGACACAAAGGACUAUCAGUUGUGAUUAACUCCUGGUCAGUAAUCUAUGCUCUCUGAGGUUCACUAUAAACUACUAGCUGUCCUUGAUACUUAAUACAAGGUCAAAGGAAAAUGGCUCAGAUAUUAGGCUACUCUUUUAAAAAUUGAUGUAAAUUGUACAGUUUAUAGGGGGCAUUGUAAUUAAAUUAGAAUGAUAAUUAACAACUCAAACGUUAUUCUUUCACACAAACAUACGGGGCAACUGUGGGCGUUUUGGGAGGUACCAGGCUGUAACAAGUUUGCCUAUGGCACAUUGUUGGAGGUGCAAACAAAUGCUACACCGCAAUUGAGAUCACACAGAAAGGAACUGGCACUAUGAAAGUAUGAAAUAAUCAUGUUCACUUGUAAAGCCUACUGAAUGCACCAUUUUUAUUCAUGGGUUUCAUCAGGUCCUUCCACAGGUGUACAAAAUCAAGCACGUUGAUUAUGAACGCAGACUGCAUGGUGCUUGAUUAACCCACCUGUGGAAAGGGACCUGAUGAAUAGCCAUGUGUGUUCACUUCUGGCUCCUUGUCUCAAUUUGGUAAUGGGCUAUCUCGUCUAUAGUGUUAAAUGUUGAGUUAGGUUAGCCUAGCCUACUCCA